AUACAAAGAAGAAGAGAGUCUCCGGUGUUUUCCUGGGUGGAUGGCCUACGCUGGAUCUAGCCUGUCAAAACUGCAUUGAAACGAGAGCAACGUGGUUUAAAGUCGGAAAAUCAGGGGCUGUUAGCUGUGACUGAGACUUGAACAGGCCUAGCGAGAAAUUCACUGUUCCCCUCCCUAACCUCCUGUUCCCAACCCUCUCUGCAAGUCAUCUCUCAACAUGAAUGAAGUUAAUAUUGUCAGAGAGGGCUGGCUCCACAAAAGAGGUGAAUAUAUAAAAACAUGGAGGCCCAGGUAUUUCAUCCUGAAAAGUGACGGUUCCUUCAUCGGUUACAAGGAGAAGCCCGAUUUAAAUGACCAGACUUCACCACCACUCAACAACUUCUCAGUGGCAGAAUGCCAAUUAAUGAAGACUGAAAGACCCCGGCCCAACACGUUUGUCAUCCGUUGCCUACAGUGGACUACUGUCAUUGAACGCACGUUUCAUGUAGACAGCAAUGAGGAGAGGGAGAUAUGGAUAUGGGCAAUUCAGUCUGUGGCAAAUAGUCUGAAGAUGCGGGAGCAGGAGGAGGAGGAACCAAUGGAUGUGUUCGGUUCACCUAGUGAAAGCAGCAUGGAAGCUAUGGAGGUGGCUAUGUCCAAGACCUGUGCCAAAGUGACAAUGAGUGACUUUGAGUACCUGAAACUACUUGGAAAGGGCACAUUUGGGAAGGUUAUUCUGGUCAAAGAGAAGUCAACCGGAGUACAUUAUGCCAUGAAAAUACUGCGUAAAGAGGUCAUCAUAGCCAAGGAUGAAGUGGCCCACACAGUUACAGAGAGCAGAGUGUUACAAAACACACGGCACCCCUUCCUCACGACACUGAAAUAUGCCUUCCAAACCCAUGACCGACUCUGUUUUGUAAUGGAAUACGCCAAUGGCGGCGAGCUCUUCUUCCACCUGUCAAGGGAGAGGGUGUUCACAGAAGAUCGAGCACGCUUCUAUGGUGCCGAGAUUGUAUCUGCACUUGAGUACCUCCAUUCAUGUGACGUUGUUUAUCGCGAUCUGAAGCUGGAGAAUCUGAUGCUGGACAAAGAUGGCCACAUCAAAAUUACUGAUUUUGGUCUUUGUAAGGAGGGCAUUACUCCUGAUGCUACCAUGAAAACCUUCUGUGGAACUCCUGAAUAUCUGGCACCAGAAGUUCUAGAAGAUAAUGACUAUGGCCGGGCAGUGGACUGGUGGGGUCUGGGUGUAGUCAUGUAUGAGAUGAUGUGUGGCCGUCUGCCUUUCUACAACCAGGACCAUGAGCGUUUGUUUGAGCUCAUCCUCAUGGAGGAGAUCCGCUUCCCCAGGAACCUGUCACCCGAGGCAAAGUCUCUGCUGGCUGGCUUGCUCAAGAAGGACCCCAAACAGAGGUUAGGUGGUGGUCCCAAUGAUGCCAAAGAAGUAAUGAGUCACAAAUUUUUCAUCACUAUCAACUGGCAGGAUGUGGUACAGAAGAAGCUAACUCCACUCUUCAAACCACAAGUGACGUCGGAGACAGACACCCGGUACUUUGAUGAGGAGUUCACUGCGCAGACCAUCACACUCACUCCUCCGGACAAGUAUAACAGUCUGGACUGUGAGGACCCCAGCCAGCAAGCGCAUUUUCCACAAUUCUCCUACUCUGCUAGCAUAAGAGAUUGAUAGUACCUCUCCCACGCACACACACACAAACACACACAAGGUAUGAACAGUUAGACCACAUCUCUUUCAGCUAUAAAAUGACCAGAACCUCCAGCUUAAUGAGGUUUUGGUCCAAUUAGGAUUUAAGUGCCUCAGCUGGUCGCUUUAUUAUUGCAUAUAACCCCCUUAUCCAUGUUACGGGCAGUGCUGGGGCACACUGGCUGCACUGUGUCAAACUAGACUUUGGUACUGCACAUAUUCAUCAGCACAAGUCAACAACAAAAUCAGGAGUCUGUCUGUAGUGCCUUCAGAUGGCAUAUAAACAUUUACUGCUGCUCUUUCUGACUGUAAACCACUGAUACAUUUUAACACUCUCCUUUUUAUAGUCUUUUGAGCAACCAUACAGUUUCUUCAUGAUGUUUCCAAGUGCUCUUCUUCGGAACUAGCUGUUUCCACUGGUAACAGACAAUAGGUUUGUAUGUUAGAGAUGAAUAAGCAUCGCAGUAAGUAAGGGAUGUGUGUGUGUGUGUGUGUGUGUGUGGGUAUUUUAGUACUAUACACUUUUUGUUUGAGAUUGAAAGGGGACAUCAGGUCCAACAACUAUAUGUCAUCAGUUUAGUCAAAGUGCAUCUGUGAUAGCUUGAGGAUUUUGUGUGUGUCUUAAUACAGUGCUUGCCUGAUAUGCUUCAGGCAUAACUUAAGAAUUGAUAACACAUGAUCAAAAUGUCUCUGCGAAAAGCUUUGACAAAGUAAAACAUGACAUGUCAGUCACACAGGCUGUAAUUUUUAAACUGUAUGCAAUGAAAGCAAAUCAUUUGUGUGUUAGUUUGCACUCAUCUCAGAAUGAUCUUUGUUAACAGAUUUGUUAAGUGCAACACAGCAAUUGAUGGAAACUGGGAUUACCUUGGUGCACAAGGUGUAUAUGUUAUUUUUGAAAAGAAUUUUUUUUUUUUUUUUAUUCUAACACAUUUUUGAUCUUUCUUGAUCAGCAAACUACACACCGGCCAUGUGAUUUAAGAGGCUUAAUAAGCACUCGGUGACUUUUGCAGACCUAAUUUUUCUCAGAAGGACAUGUUCAUAAUGUAGCUGAAAGCUUUCUGGAUUGGUGUCGAUCCUUAUUAUUUUAACGCCUUAUUGAAAUGUGUCUGUUGAACCAAGUAUAAAAUAUGUGAGAUACCAAAACUUGCUGUCAGAUUCAUAAUCCUGUUGAAGACCUCUGUGAUCAGAUAGUUUCUGAUUUACAUUCAUAAUUGGCCAGUUUUAGAAUAUUUAAUGAUGACAAAGUUUUUGUACAUCUGCUUGUGUUUAGGCAACAUUUAACAUUUGAGAACUUUGUCUUUUUUGUUCUUAAAUGAGAAAGGAAUGUAGAAUUCCUCGAAGUAAGUGUUUUAAAACUAUUGUGAUGGUAUUCGUACUGAAACUUGGGUAUUGUAUUGGCAAACUGUUGAAAAAUGGACAAGCAGCCCUUGCACCAAACUGAAAUCAUUGCACUUUCAGAGAAUGUGUUCAUAUUUGGAGAUUCUUUCUUUCUUAGCUUUCAGAUUCUCUCUCUUUUUUCUUUUUUUUUAUAGUUUUUUAAUUCUAUAGUAUUUCCAGUUUACUUACAGCUAUGUUAUAAUGUAUCUUUGUAGUCUUUCUGUUUCUAACUCACCAUCUUAUACUUCACCUACUUUACAAUUUUGAAGUUGUGACUGACAGUUGACACAUUUUAAUGUCCCCCUGGUCAUCAUAUAGCUGUCAUCUAUUGGUAAAUUUUACAUCUGCAGCCGAACUAUUGGUGCUUUUCAGACUUGAAUGUGCCACUGAAUUUAAUUGAGCAUGUCUUGGCUGUAGAGCUGAAAAAUUCAUCCAGAGAGCUGCAUAUAUCAUGAGCAUGGUCCAUGAGAUUUUGUGUUUGAGUGCAAGGAUGUGUUUUUAUUAUUUUCAAAUUUUACCAUCUAUUAUUAAUUGCUGCAUGACAUUAAAUGGUAAAUUCAGGGGAGUACCAUUAAGAUUUGCAAUACUGGGUGUUAUACUGUAUAUGAAAAUGCACCCAACAUUGUAUUGGUGCUACACUGUUGAGUCACUGGUAAUGAAUAAAGAGCUGGUGCUGACAGCCUGCUCAACUUCCCAUUGCUCACAGAGCCUUAUACCAGA